AUGGCAGACAAGAUCUCAAUCACCAUCUGCGGCGACGGCGGCUGUGGCAAAUCAUCCAUCACCUUACGGCUGGUCCGUAGUCAAUGGGUUCACGAAUAUGACCCAACUAUCGAGGACUCAUACUCGGUGACCCGCACCGUCGACGGACUCCCAUACUUUCUUUCCAUCACCGACACCGCCGGUCAAGAAGAAUACCGCGGACUAUGGACCACAUCAACGGUCAAAUCAGACGCAUUCCUACUCGUCUACGAUAUCACCAACCCGUCCAGCCUGCAGACGCUCGACUACUUCAUGGACAUGAUCAACUUGGAAGCUGAGCAGCGCGUGGAGGACAACGAGCGGCUGCGUAAGGAGCUGGGAAAUAAGGGUGUGAACGCUGGAGAGCAGAUCGGGCUGCCGCCGCCGGUGAAGAUCGUUGCUGGUAAUAAGUGCGACCUGAAGGACGGGCGUGCAAUCACGGCUCGUGAGGGAUUGGAGUAUGCGCGCAAGCAUGGGUGUGGGUUCAUGGAGACGAGUGCGAGGGAGAUGGUGAACAUCGAGGAGACGUUUGCCCUGCUGGUUCGUCGCAUUGUUGAAGCACGCCGUGUCCAUCAGCAGCAGCAGAGCACGUCCCCGACUCGACGCCGAUCUUCGCGCGCACGCCACUCGGUGCAUACGACGGCAUUGCCCCCCACGACAACCGAUGCCAGUGUUGCCAGUGCGCGCGAGACUCGAUCCCGAGCCAGUCGGUUCUUCAGUCUAGGCAUUGGCCGGAAACCGAGUGAGCCCGCGAGUCCGACCAGAGUUUGCAGGCGUCGGGGUUCGCGGGCAGGGAUAAAAGAGAAGGAGGCAGACCAGGAUGAAGAAGAGGUUGAGCCACGGGGCCGCUUCCUCAGACGGCUAUGCUGCUGCUGGGAAUGUUGA